CCAGCUGCAGCUACUGGCAGCCCAGUAAAAAAGCAGAGACCUCUCCUACCAAAGGAAACCGUCCCAGCUGUGCAGCGGGUAGUAUGGAAUUCUUCAAACAAAUUUCAGACUUCUUCCCAGAAAUGGCAUAUGCAGAAGGUGCAAAGGCAGCAACAGCAGCAGCAGCAGCAACAGCAGCAGAAUCAGCAGCAGCAGCCUCAGUCUUCCCAAGGAACAAGAUACCAGACAAGACAAGCAGUGAAAGCUGUACAGCAAAAAGAAAUUACUCAGAGUACUUCAACGUCAACUAUCACCCUGGUUACAAGCACUCAGCCUGUUUCUAUAGUAACCAGUUCUGGAUCAGCAAAUACACUUUCAUCUUCAGUUAAUACAGACUUGCCAAUAGCAACUGCUUCAGCAGAUGUGGCUGCAGAUAUUGCUAAGUAUACUAGUAAAAUGAUGGAUGCUAUAAAAGGAACAAUGACUGAAAUAUAUAAUGACCUUUCAAAAAAUACUACUGGAAGCACAAUUGCUGAGAUUCGUCGUCUGAGAAUUGAAAUUGAAAAGCUUCAGUGGUUACAUCAGCAAGAGCUCUCAGAAAUGAAACAUAAUCUGGAACUCACAAUGGCGGAAAUGCGACAAAGCUUAGAGCAAGAAAGAGAUCGUUUAAUUGCAGAAGUGAAGAAACAACUGGAAUUGGAAAAGCAACAAGCUGUGGAUGAGACCAAAAAGAAACAGUGGUGUGCCAACUGCAAAAAAGAGGCCAUCUUUUACUGUUGUUGGAAUACCAGCUAUUGUGACUAUCCUUGCCAACAAGCUCAUUGGCCAGAACAUAUGAAAUCUUGUACACAAUCAGCUACUGCAACACAACAAGAGACAGAUAGUGAAGUUAGUUCAGAAACAUUAAACAAAGCAUCCCAACCUGGUUCCAGUGCACAGCCUGCACCUACAGAAACAACCAGUGCUCCAAAAGAAAAAGAGGCAGCUGUGGAAAAAAGCAAGGAAAGUGUUACGCAGAUUGAUGGGGGCUUUUGA